UCCAAAGGCAAACGACAGUCAUCUUUAUAUAUAUUGUCAAAAAUGCGUUUCUUGUACGUUGUUAUGUUGCUCGUAGCAAUUCUAACAAAGUUUUCAGCGGGAUCUGGGUCUGGGAAUGGGUCUGGGAAUGGGUCUGGGAAUGGGUCUGGGAAUGGGACUGGGAAUGGAUCUGGGUCUGGAUCUGCAUCUGGAUCUGUGAGACUGACGUCUCCGCCUGAAAGACCUUCUGUUCCACCACCACCACCGAUGGAGGCCACCCAGGUGCCUGGAAGCUCUUCUAAUCCACCACCUAUACCAGCACCAUCAACGAUGGAGGCUACCCAGGUGACUGGAAGCUCUUCUAAUCCACCACCUAUACCAGCACCAUCAACGACGGGAAAUGGGUCUGCGUCUGGGUCUGGGCAAGAUAAAAACGGAAAUGAGGCUUAUGUAGAUACAAGACAGUCAUAA